AGAUGCGUGUUUUUUGGAACACUUUCUGGAGCUUUUUUCUGAACGGGUAGAUGUUAAAAGGGAGGGAUGGAUUUUACAGAUAUCCGAAAGAUCCGUCGGCAACUCCGGCAACUUCGGUCCAAACUCUCUGCAUUAGCAGAUGCCGCAAAGGAUGCCACGACCCAUCUCCGUCCGUUGGACAAUUCCUCCGUCGAAACCCCACUGUCAAAACCUGCUAGAUAUAUGCGACACUCUCAAGUUACCUUCAAGUACGGACGGACCCGAACUCGUCUGGAAACGCGAGAUAACACAGCCCUCCCACCCAUCUUACAAGGGGAUACCCGGUCGUAUGCAUCCCCACUCCGACGGCAUACCCUCAGCUUUCAGGACUAUUUCCAGGACCUUGCGGAAAAGGUCUGGGAGGGGUGUACAUCACCUCGUCGCAAACCACGAAAACGGACCUCCAUAGAAUGCUAUGGGCACGUACCCAGUUUAGCGCAAUUUGCCGCGUUUGCUGUUGCCAAAAACAUGCCAGUUGGCGACUAUGAGGAGGAGGCAGAUGUGGAAGAGGCCUGGUAUGAGGCCUUGCCGCCGCAUUGGAGGAGAAUGGCAUUGUGGAGUCACGUCAUUCAACUUUGCAAGGCGUUUAUUCCAAUUGAACGGGUGUUCAUGUCCAUGGUGGAUGUGUGUAUUGCAGUUCAGGCUCAUCAACAGGCGUGGGAGCUCUUACAUCAUUUCUGGAGUCUUCGGCGGAGACAUUCCAUUGCCGACACGCACUGGUCCCUUACUGCCGCCUUCAACCUCCGGAAACGGACCCAAUGGGUGCACAUUAUAGGAGAGACCCUCACCGUCCAUCAGUGUAAUCAAAUUGGGUUCGGCAAGUUGAUGGAAGGGUUGAAUCCUUUGCAAUCGGAUCUUUUGAGAAUGUAUGCGACAAGAGUAGUGUUACGUGCUGGAGAGGAUGCACCUUGUUGUUCGAGAUUGGGGGAAUGGGUGCAUGGGAUUUUGAUUCAUUCCAUCGGAUGUCGAGGGUUCGGAUGCUUGUGUUUGGACACAAUUGUGGAUCUAUGUCUCGACAUGGACUCUGCCCAGCUCGAAUUAUCACCAACACUCCGACUGGCCCUGUUGCUCCGGUACAUGCAACUCUGUCCCACCCAAUCCGACCUUGAUGCGACGCUGGACCGCAUCUCGAAUCUGUCCACUACGUCCAAUAUGGACAGCAUCGUGACCUACCUGCCGACACACUCCCAUCUCGAUGCCUUGCGUAAGCGGUUUAGGGAAUUGGAUGCCUUGCCAUUGGUGCUGCGUGUGACUAUCACCAUGUUGAACCAAUUUGAAAUGAUUGAAGGGUGUGAGGACGCUGAGAAACUAAAACGAGAGUUGAGAGAGUUGGAAAAUGCUUUGGCGGCGUCUCCUGAAAAGGGGACUAGAUGGCGGUACGAGCCACUAUUAGAUACAUGGAUCAUUGGUACCCCUCACCCCACCAAAUGUACUCGUCCCGCCGACACCACACCCCUUGCCAACCGAACCCGAAUCCGUAUCCCAGAUUCCCCGCGCGGAUUUCUAGGAUUAUUGAAUUGUGGCUACGUUGAUACCCCGCCUCGGUAUGCGGAAUAUGGGUAUAAAGUCCCGUCGCCGUGUGGGAUAAAAAGGGUCCGCAUUGAUAUAGAUCAACACGCUGUGGCUGAACGCAAGAGGCAAUGCACUUUAAGGGAGCGAGGAAUGGAUGUCGUAGAAAAGGAAAAUCUGGAGAAAGAGGAAAGUGAUGCGUUGGAUUUGAGAAUUGGGGAACCGUUACCCUUUACAGAGGAAAAGGAUGAGUUGGUCUUUUGAUACCCUGGUAGCAAUCGUUUUUUAGAGGUCGUAGAUUCUUUUUUUGUUUAUAUUCAUGUGCAAUUGUCACGUCUGGACCCGCACACCUUUGACUUGUUGCAAUGAAACGAC